UGGGAGUUUGCAGCCUAUAAAACAUGUCUCUGCCUAAGAUGCUAAAUAGCUAAUAAAAUCCCCUAAGCCGGGUGGAGAAAACUGGAACAGCACUGAUGAAUUAGGGGAGAAAACAGCCAGUGUUGAGUAGUAUUCCUUCACACUAUCCAGGGAACUUGCUCAAAGAAGCCGGUUCUGACCCAAAAUUUGUUGGACCCCUUAGGAUUUGUCAUUAAUGCCUAAAUGGCAUUGGUACUUCUUGGGAUAGAGCUAAAGUCCAGACAUUUAGGAUCGCCAUUGACAUUUUGGCCUCAUUUACAAAUGGGUGGAAAUAGAAGAUUAAUUGUAAAAGGAAAUGGUUAUUUCCAGACCAUAGGGCUACUGCACCUCGAGGUCAGAAAUACGCUGAUUUUGCUCAGAAAUAGUCUGCAUGGCUUUUACCUGCCUCAAGAAGGAUUCAUACAUUGGAGCUUGGAACAAGAUAUUUAUCUACUUUCUGUGUCAGAAUUAAAGACCUGCUAUAGCAAUGAAGAAAGAGACUGAAUUCGUCAUUUUCACCUAAAGAAAAAAUGAUAGACAGAAAUCAAACCUGUGUGGCAGGACAGGAUUCUGUGCCUUACAUGACUUGUCUGGUUCACAUGCUGGAAGAGUGGUUUGAUGUGGAGCAGUUGGAGGACUAUUUGAAUUUUGUGAACUAUCUCUUGUGGGUUUUUACACCACUGAUACUUGUAAUACUUCCUUACUUCACUAUCUUUCUUCUCUACCUUACCAUUAUUUUCUUACAUAUUUAUAAGAGGAAGAAUGUAUUAAAGGAAGCCUACUCUCACAAUUUGUGGGAUGGAGCCAGGAAAACAGUGGCAACUGUGUGGGAUGGACAUGCAGCAGUCUGGCAUGGUUAUGAAGUUCAUGGGAUGGAAAAAAUACCAGAAGAAGGACCAGCACUUAUAAUUUUUUAUCAUGGAGCUAUUCCUAUUGAUUUUUACUACUUCAUGGCUAAAAUUUUUAUCCUCAAAGGCAGAACUUGCCGAGUAGUAGCUGAUCACUUUGUCUUUAAAAUUCCAGGGUUUAGUUUAUUACUUGAUGUAUUUUGUGCUCUCCAUGGACCAAGAGAAAAGUGUGUUGAAAUUCUGAGGAGUGGCCACUUGUUAGCUAUCUCACCGGGUGGAGUUCGAGAAGCUCUAAUGAGUGAUGAAACCUAUAACAUCGUGUGGGGCACUCGGAAGGGCUUCGCUCAGGUUGCAAUUGAUGCAAAAGUGCCCAUUAUCCCUAUGUUUACACAAAAUAUUCGAGAAGGAUUUAGAUCACUUGGAGGAACAAGGUUAUUUAGAUGGCUUUAUGAAAAAUUCCGCUAUCCAUUUGCUCCAAUGUAUGGGGGUUUUCCAGUGAAGUUGCGGACGUAUUUAGGCGAUCCCAUUCCCUAUGAUCCAAAGAUGACAGCAGAAGAAUUAGCUGAAAAGACCAAGAAUGCUGUUCAAGCUUUGAUUGAUAAGCACCAAAGAAUACCAGGAAACAUUAUGAGUGCUUUGUUAGAACGUUUUCAUAAAAAACAAAAGGUCAUUUAGAAGAUGAUUUAAUAUAUCUGUAUGAUUAUGUUUGUGGCUGUGGUACUGUCUUUUGAAUUUUAUAGGUCAUAUAAUUAGGAUUUUUUAAAAAUCAUGUUAAUAAGCAUCUUUCUUAGAAUUUGUUUAAAUUUAUAUCGUCAAUUUUGUUUUGCAAUCAAUUGUGUCAGAUUUAAUCAGUAACUUGUUACACGUCUAAUAAUUCAGAAAAUGAUCAUAUUUCACUUGUAAAUUCUUAAUGUAUGAUAAACACAGAUUCUUGAAAUUAAGUUUUUCAAUAGUAGCAGUAUGGUUUAAGCAAACAUUCCUGAACGAUGUGUCUAAUUUCUGUAUCUGUUGGACUGAGCUGAUUUGGAGAGAGGAUAUAAGCUGGGGUUUAGCAUAGUUAAUGAAUUAGAAAAGAAUGCUUUUCUCUGUCCCUCUUUCCCUUCAAGCUUCCGGGUGAAUCAUGUAAUGUUUCUGGCCUCCAUAAUUUACUUCCUAAAAUCAUGAUAAUAUUGUGGUGAGGAUUUUAAAUUUUUUUUUCUUUUUUUUUUUAAAGACAGGGUCUUGCUAAGUUGCUAAGUUGCUUGGCUGAGCUCCAGCUUGCCAUUCCCCUGCCUCAGCCUCCCAGAGUGCUGGGAUCAUAGGUGGGCACCACCACACCUACCUAGAAUGUUAUUUAACUGGUUUAUAUUUACUGCAAUUGAUACUUGUUGAGCCAGAAUUAUGACUGAAUAAUUAGGUAAUACCAAAAUCCUCUAGAAGAUAUGUAUAUAUUUUAUCCACCAGAUGUUCAAAAUAUUCCCAUAGGUAUGAUGUCCAGUUGCCAAGCACAAUGAAAGAGAUGUACUGUUUUUCAAACCAAAUAAAAAGCAGUUAGGUAAAUUAUAAUUUCUAGUUGAUAUUUUUAUAAUUUAUUACAUUUUUAACAAGAGCCUGUAAACAAGCAAUAUAGGAUGGAUCGUGAGCCCUGUAGUACAACGUUUAACAGCGCAGGAAUAAACACCCUUGUUGUGCUCCCCGUUCUGUGUGAGAAGCUGAUUUCUAAAGUUUAGCUGAUUUCUAAAGUUACUGAGCUUGGCUCAGUAUUGUGGCUCGUUCUGUUUGACGCUAGUGAGAGGGCAUAUUGUCCAAAAAAAUACUUGAAUGAUGAAUUUAUGUGAACAGAAAGCCUUUAACAGUUAAUGGCUUUUGAAUUGUUGUCUCCUUGAAAAUUAAUUUUAAAAAGUAUUUAAUUCAAAAAGUAUCCAAUCAAACGCAGUAUCUCUUCUUUUUAGAUGUUAAAAUACUUGGGUUUUAUAUCAAUUUUUGUAUUACAAAUGUAUACUUAUGUGAAAUGUAUAUAAAAUUAAUGUAAAAAAAUAAAACUGAAUUGUAGUUCAUUUUCUUGUGAAAUUGUAUAUUUAUUUUCUUAUCAUUUUAAAUGGAAAUUUUGUUCUGCAGAUUUCUAAUCAACAAUUGUGUCGUAGCCGUAGUAAUAACCCUUAUUUUCAAUAUAGUAAAUACAUUUCAGUGAAAAGA